GGGGGAUGAUGGGAUAUAUUUUUCCAUCAACAAGUGGUUUUCAAAAUGGCUUCCUCGAUGAGAACGCCGAGGGACCUGAAAGUUAUGAUCGAACAAAGCCACCAGGAAUGGGGCACAUCUUACAAACUCACAUGGGAACAGAUAGGAGAUGGAGAGACUGCUCCUCCCCUUACUUCCUCCAGCUCCCCUUCUGUGGCCAACUCUGACAAAAAGAGCAAAAACAAUGAAAUUGUUCAAAACCUCCUCGGUUACGCGAAUGCCGACAUGUCUGAGAACGCCAUGUUGCGCUCACGCAUCGACGAGCAGUCGGAGCUCAUCUGUAUCCUGAAACGGCGUUCUGACGAGCACCUUGCGAGCGCCCAGACGCUGGAGAGAGUGAACGCAGAGCUGAGAAAGUUCCGGGAAGAAGCGGAGGAACAGUUAGAGCAGGAGGUGAGGAAGUUCAACAUUCUGGACGAACGGUUUCACGAGCUGGCCUCCAACCAUGAAGAAAUGAUAAAGUUCAAGGACGAGUACAAACGACAGAACGAGAAACUGAGGAAAGAGAAUGAAAGACUGCGGGAUGAAAAUGCAAGGUUGUUCAACGAGGCAUUGGAGGAAAGAGACCAGAGGAUAGCAGCUCUGGAGGAACAGGUGGCAAGUCUGAACAGACAGAGAGGCAAAAUGGAGGAGAAAUGCAACUCCCUAACACAAGAACUCCAGCAACAGGAACAAGCACACAACAACAGACUGUCAGCUCUGGAGAAACAACUCAGACAAGCACAGGCCAAAAUCAAUGAACUUCAGUCAGAGCUCUCUUCAGUGAAGCAGGACAGACAGACUAUGAGUAAAGAAGUGGAGGAAAGACUUAAAGCCUUGAGUAAGGAGAGAGAUGAACUACUGGAUCUCUCCAUGCAGAGGGGGAAAAUCAUACAGGAAAAGCAAAAGGAGGCUGAAAAGUUCCAGCAGAAAAUAGAUGAAGCGGAAAAGGCAAAACAGGCAGCACUUGCCAGAUUUGAGAGAGAGGCUGCUGCCGUUGAUGCCAACCUUCAGGUGCAAAAGUUGAGGCAGGAGCUGGCAGAGGCACAGGAUAGGGUGGAGACCAUGGUUAAAGAGUUUGAUGCCUACAAGAAGCACACCAACAGUCUUCUGACCAAAGAGAAGGAGCUGAAUGCCAGACUAAGGCACCUGGUGGGAUAGCAUGCUGGAACAUACUGUGUGAGAAAAAAAAAAUAUGCCGCCAGAGG